AUGACCGUGGAUAAUAAAGCCUGCUUAAUUGUUAUUGACGGUUGGGGAAUUCCGUCGGAGUCUUCUCCCAAAAAUGGCGACGCAAUUGCUGCCGCUGAAACACCGGUGAUGGAUGCUUUUGCCAAAAAUGCAGAUGGAUACACUGAGCUUGAAGCCUCCUCUCUUGCUGUUGGGUUACCAGAAGGUCUAAUGGGAAACUCUGAGGUUGGGCAUUUGAACAUUGGUGCCGGUAGAGUUGUUUGGCAAGAUGUUGUGCGCAUUGAUCAGACUAUCAAAAACAAUGAACUCAACAAGAAUGAGGUUAUCAUGAAGGUUUUCAACGAUGCUAAAUCCGGCAAUGGUCGUCUUCACUUGUGCGGACUGAUCUCUGAUGGUGGUGUGCAUGCCAAGCAAGAUCAUCUUUACGCACUUCUCAAGCUUGCCAAAGAAGUCGGAGUUCCAAAAGUAUUCAUUCACUUCUUUGGUGACGGGCGUGAUACCGACCCAAAAUCUGGUGCUGGGUAUAUGCAGGGCCUCCUUGACCAAAUAAAGCAGAUUGGCAUUGGUGAAAUCGCCUCUGUCACAGGGAGAUAUUAUGCUAUGGACCGUGACAAGCGAUGGGAACGAGUUGAAGUUGGUCUCAAUGCUUUGUGCAUUGGAGACGGCGAGGAGAGCAGUGACCCAGUAAAGACAAUUAAGGAGCGCUAUGAGAAGGGUGAGAACGAUGAGUUCUUGAAGCCAAUUAUCAUUGGUGGAAAGGAAGCCCGUAUCAGCGAGGGUGACCAAGUAUUCUUCUUCAACUAUCGAUCAGAUCGCGUGCGGGAAAUUACUCAAUUGCUCGGUGACGCUGAUCGCUCUCCUCUCGAGGACUUCGCCUACCCAAAGAACAUUACGCUCACUACUAUGACACAAUACAAGCUGGACUACCCAUUCCCAAUUGCUUUCAAGCCACAACACAUGGGUAAUGUUCUUGCUGAGACCUUGGGUGAACAAGGCGUUGAGCAAGUACACGUCGCUGAAACCGAGAAAUAUGCUCACGUAACCUUCUUUUUCAAUGGUGGUGUUGAGAAGUCUUUCCCUCUCGAGACUAGAGAUGAAUCUCAAGAUUUAGUACCAUCGAAUAAGAGCGUUGCGACAUACGAUCUAGCACCAGAAAUGAGUGCAAUGGGUGUUGCUAAGCAGGUCUCCAAGCGUAUCGCGGAGGGUAAAUUCCCUUUCGUCAUGAACAACUUUGCUCCUCCAGAUAUGGUUGGUCACACCGGUGUUUAUGAGGCUGCUAUUGUUGGUGUCGCCACCACCGAUAAGGGAAUUGGUGAGAUCUACGAGACUUGCAAGAAGGAGGGUUACUUGCUCUUUAUCACCUCAGAUCACGGAAAUGCCGAAGAAAUGAAAUUCGAGGAUGGAAAACCAAAGACCUCCCACACGACUAACAAAGUUCCAUUUGUCAUGGCUAAUGCACCAAAAGGCUGGUCAUUAAAGAAGACUGAUGGUGUCCUUGGUGAUGUCGCACCGACGAUUCUCGAGGCAAUGGGCCUUAAGCAACCAGAGGAGAUGACUGGAAAGAGUCUCCUGGUGAAAAGUUAG